UGUACAUAACAAACUACGAGCAUACAGGGUGGAGUUGGGACCGGACGCAGAUCAGAUUCUAAAACCCGGCGAGAGUCCGCUUACUGAGAAAGAACUCAACCCUGACAAGAAAUCGAAAUAAAUAAAUACCCUGCUUGACAACAAGUAUGGACUCCCAUCGAUAUUCAUUCUCCUUCGUUAUAUCAAUUCCUUCACGAUGCCCAAAUACACCAACGUGAUCAUCUUCGGUGCUACCGGCGAUGUAGGCUCUGCCGCCGCCCUCCAAGCCCACCAAGAGGGAGCCACAGUUUCGCUAGCGAUGCGCAAUACCUCCAAACCAAUCCCCCAACUCGACCACCUCCCUUUCAAAAAAUACCAAGCCGACUUAACUCAACCCAGUACCCUGAAGACCGCGGUUCGCGAGGCAAACGCACAAGCUGCGUUCAUCUACGGGAUCUUCUCCGGCCCAGACUACAUGAGAAGCGCUCUCCGAGCUCUCAAGGAAGCCGGAGUCGAGUUCAUCGUCUUCCUAAGCAGCUUCAUCAUCCUGACCGACAUCCACGCAGUGGAUCCAUCCGAUAUAGUCCCCUGGGAGCACGCCCAGGUGGAAAUCGCACUAGAGGAAGUCUACGGACGCGCUUCCUACGUCGCCGUGCGACCUGCUUUCUACGCCAGCAAUAUCUUGCAUGAAAAGCAGGCUAUUUUACAAGGAGAAGUGAAGCACCCUAAUCCCGAAGCGACGUUUGACUUUAUCUCUUCGGAGGAUAUUGGUCAUGUUGCUGGGACGAUUCUGGUCAAUGGUGCCCAGGAACAUAUUGUUCGGCUUCUUGGGCCUGAGAAGAUGACUUUGAGGGAUGCGGUGAAUAUCGUGGGGAAUGUUCUGGGCAAGGAGGUUCGAGUUACAAAGAUCUCCAGGGAGGAAGCUGCCGCGCGUAUGAAAGCAGCUGGUGUUCCUGUACUGAUGGUCCAGUGGCACCUAUAUAAUGUUCUUGAUCGUGCCCGUUUGUACCUUGAGAGUCCGGAGGCCAGCACGGCGCGUGAGAACUUUUUGAGUUAUGCUCAUCGUCCUUUAGAGGGAUUUCGGCAGUGGGUGGAGAAUAAUCGAGCUAGGUUUCUGGAUUGAUUUGUAGAGGAAGGGGGGGAAUCUCUGGUCAA